GGGCGGAGAUGUGUGAGACCUCCGGAAGUUGAUCCGCGCCAGCGAACCGCUUGCAGCCGCGGCCGGGAGCGAGCCGGGCUGGGCCUCGUCGACGGCGGCAGCCGCCCGGAUUGUGAUUAUGGCUGCCGAUUCAGAUGUGCUCCAUUUCCAGUUUGAGCAGCAAGGGGAUGCCAUGCUGCAGAAGAUGAACCUGCUGAGGCAGCAAAACCUCUUCUGCGACGUGUCAAUAUACAUCAACGACACAGAGUUCCACGGGCAUAAAGUAAUCUUCGCUGCCUGCUCCACCUUCAUGCGGGACCAGUUCCUGCUUACCCAAUCCCAGCAGGUUCGGAUUACUAUUUUGCAGAGUGCCGAAGUCGGCCGAAAGCUGCUGCUUUCGUGCUACACUGGUGCUCUGGAGGUGAAGAAGAAGGAGCUUUUGAAAUACCUCACUGCAGCGAGUUACCUGCAGAUGGUGCAUAUUGUGGAGAAGUGUACAGAGGCCCUUUCCAGGUACCUUGAAAUUGAUGCUUCCGUGGAAGGCAAUGGAAGGUGUGCUGAGAAAUGCCACUCUUCUGACAUGGAGCUAGGAAGCAAAGAGAGCUGCCUUGAUAAAGACUGUGAAAUCAUUGAGAUUUCUGCGGACAGCCCGGUUACCAUAGACGAGCCUAUAAAACAGGAGAAAGGGGAAAUUCAGCAGCCGUCCCUGCAGAGUUUAAUGUCAGAAAGGAAGGAGGUCAAAAGCCCUGAGAUAUCGACCGUCAAGAUUGGCUACAAGGAUGAUGAAAUCUGCAUUUUCCAAAUGGAUUCCAUUAAUGUCCCCAGUGUGGAUGAUGAGCAGUUUCCGCAGCCUUGCACCUCUUCAAAAAACAGCUUGUAUUUCCCCGAAACUCAGCACUCCUUGAUCAACUCUACUGUGGAGAGCAGGAUGACAGAUGUAGCUCAGUUCCAGAGCUUUGCUAGUGAGAACCCAGAAGGAGCUGCGCACACAGGGGGCAACUUCCCAAACUCCGAGGACACUGGCUAUUUCUGGCGCCAUCAGUGCCCCAAAUGUCCCAGAGGGUUCCUCCACCUGGAAAACUAUCUCCGCCACCUGAAGAUGCACAAGCUGUUCUUGUGCUUGCAGUGCGGGAAGACUUUUACACAGAAGAAGAACCUGAACCGGCAUAUUCGCGGCCACAUGGGCAUCCGUCCGUUCCAGUGCAUGGUGUGUCUGAAGACGUUCACAGCCAAGAGCACCCUCCAGGACCACCUGAACAUCCACAGUGGGGACCGGCCUUAUAAGUGCCACUGCUGCGACAUGGACUUCAAGCACAAGUCUGCCCUCAAAAAACACCUGACUUCAGUGCACGGAAGGGCCAGUAUGGACAAAUCUGGCUUUGAUGCCAUUACGGAAGUCAGAAUAGACUAUGACUAGAGGUAGUUUGGGAAGGGGAAUAGCAAAGGCCUGGCUUGUUACAGAGCACCGAGAUCCCCCUACACUUAGACUCCAGUCCUGCAUGUAAAUACUCCCUAAUACACCUAUUGAUGUUCCUGCAGGCUUUUGAACAACUUGCCCUUCUUCCCAUGAUACACAAGCAACUGAGAAAUGUUGAACAAAAAGCGGCGCUCAAUUGUUGUUAUUUACAUAUUUAUAUGGUAUGUGACGUGAGGAGAUGGUGUCUUUGCAGCUUUCUUUUUUGCACCUCACCUAGAUUU